UUCAGCUCCACCGGCUCCAUGCCGAUUAUGUGCUACGCAUUGUUUAUCCGCCGUGAUGCCCCGCGUGUCCCGCCAAUUGCACCUGUGUGGCUAGUUCAUACUUGACCCCUCCAUCCUGCGACACAGCAUGCUGUUUUUCCGUGGCAUAAUUUCGGCGAUUAGACCCAUAAUGGCUUCCUGUUCAGGAACUUCAGCCAGCACUGAUCAUGGGAUGGCCUCCGUAGUUGUUGGUGCUGGUGUGGAGCUUCAGCACCCCAUCGAUGAUCCAUCGAUAAUAUGUACGUGCUUCGCUCCGAGUAAUGGGGCGGAUGGAGAAAUAUAUCUAGAGCUCCAAUUCCUCGAGUUCCCAGGCUUUUGAUUGACUUUAUACGCUGGUUGUGUUCCGCCUUCCUUACAGAUUUUCUCAAUCAGUGAACUGGCUU